CGCCGUGACGUUUCUCAUUCUCUCUCUCCUCCCCUUUCCUCCCCUCCCAAAUUUUUGGGCCUGGGGUGGACUGCUACCUUUGUCUCUCCAGCAAACCUUAAUCAUCCAUCAUGGCCAGAGCCGGCACGAGACUCCUCUCCGCCAUCGAGCUGGACUCCAGCCGGGAUGCGAAUUCGCGGUGGUCCAAUGAAGAUCUGCUACCCACUCCGCCGGAGCAGUGCACCUGGCGCUGGUGGAACUAUGUUUCGUUUUAUUGGUCCAUCUCCUUCACCAACUGGACUUUGGGAUCGAGCAUGAUUGGAAUUGGCCUUAACUGGUGGCAAUCCAUCGUGGUGAUCUUCGUCUCGCAGAUGAUCUCGUCCAUCGCUAUGGCGUUUAACUCGCGCGCCGCCAGUGUAUACCACAUCGGAUUCCCGUGUGUCGGGCGCAGCGUCUUCGGCAUGUGGGGUAGUUUCUACUUUGUCGGAGCGCGAGCGGUGCUGUCGAUUGUCUGGUAUGCGGUGCAGUUGUACUACGGCGCAGAGUACAUGUACAACAUCCUGCGGGCGAUCUUCGGCCACCACUUCACCGAGAUCCCCAACCACCUGCCGGCGAGCGCACACAUCACGACGCAGAUGAUGCUGGCGCUGUUCCUGUGCUGGGUGGUGCACCUGCCGUUCUGUCAUUUCCGGCCAUACCAGCUGCGGGGAUUCUUCAUCUUCAAGACGUUUAUCUCGCUGCCUGCGAUGUUCGGGCUGUUUAUCUUCGCCAUGGUGAACACCGGUGGGAAGAUCGGCUCCGUGUACACGCAGGAAACCAAGUCGACGACGGCGAUGGCGUGGUUGAUUAUUUCGGGCAUCAACAGUGGCUUGGGUAACACGGCCACCUUGAUCACGAACCAACCGGACUACUGCCGCUGGGCGAAGACGAAGAACGGCCCGCUGUGGACGCAGCUGAUCUCGAACCCGAUCGCGACGACGCUGUCGGCGAGUCUGGGUAUUCUGGCGACAUCGGCCAUCAACAACAAAUACGGGACCUCGAUCUGGAACCAAUGGGACCUCAUGGAAUUCAUCCUCGACCGCUACUGGUCCGGCACGACUCGCUUUGCAGUGUUCCUGGCGGCCUUUGCGUGGCUGGUGCAGAUCCUGGGCACCAACGUGGCGGCGAACAUGAUUUCCUUUGGGGCGGACUCGUCGAUGCUGUUCCCGCGGUACAUUAACAUGCGCCGGGGGCAGUACAUCGUGCACACGUUGGCCUGGAUCGUGUGUCCGUGGGAGAUCCUCGCCACGGCGGGUAAAUUCCAGACAUUCCUGUCGGGAUAUGCGUUGUUCAUGGGCAGUGUGGUUGCGAUUAUGGUUUGUGAAUAUUUCAUCUUCGCAAAAGGCAACAUCUUCAUCCCCGCGCUCUACGACGGCACCCCCCUCAACAAAAGCUACUACUACCGCCGCGGCUGGAACCUGCAAGCCGUGAUCGCCUACCUCGUCGGCAUCGCAUUCCCGUUCCCAGGUUUUGUAGGCUCCCUGGGCGCCAGCGUAUCGGUGACAGCACAGCGAAUGGGCGAUCUAGGCUGGAUUCUGUCCUUCGUGACCUCCUUCAUCGUGUACUGGGGGAUCUGUCUGUUUUGGCCGACGGAGAACCACAACCGGAUCAAAACCGAGAAGUUGGGCUGGGAACAAGCGGCGGAUGAUGAGGAGGGCGAUGUGUAUCUGAAUGCGAGGGAUAUCGGGGGUGUUACUGAAGAGGUGGUGGUGGGCAAGGGAGAGGGCAUCUCGGAGGAGAAGAGGGGGGAGAGAGUAUGAUCUUUCUUCUUCUCUUUGCUUCUUUUCUGUGGUGCGUUUUUAGUAAGUGGUGCAUUCUAGUGGGAGCCGGAUAGAGUCGGGCUAUUGGACCUGAAUCGUUGGGGGUUGGUACAUACGUGCGUACAUAGACCGCCUACAACUUUGCAUAUUGCUGGA